AAGAGCAUGUGGACACUUGGCAGUGGCAGUCCAGGUGAGCGCUCUGCAAGUUCUGUGACUGCUUUGAACUUCUCCGAGAAAUGGAGUGAAUCCACGGUCAAGGGAAACACUCUGGACAAGAGAUAGAAGAGGUACAAGCCUGUGAAAGAUCAAUGGGAAGAGCAGUAGAAAGGGCCAACGAGCCCAGCCCAGCACAACCUGCGUCAGGAAACCAGUGUCAUCUGAGCUUAUGUAAACCAGGCACGUGAAAGUCAAACUACUUCAAAUUGUAGAAGGUCUCCCAUGCCUUUAGGCACCUACCUGGCUUUCCCUUGGUUUGUGCUUGUAUUUCCAUUCUACAGCGUUGCCAGGCAAUGCAUUCUGGUAUUCUUGGUGGUUAGGUUCUGCUACUGCCAGGGAGUCCCUGAAGCACCAUGAUGAAGAACCAGUCCUUCUGAGUGUGAGCUCGUGUUGAGAUGGAUCGGUGUUGUACGGGGCUGCGUCACCACCUUCGGGAAUUCUGGACUGUCACUGUGAAGGGCUGUUUUGUAAAGAAAGAGGAAGAACUUAUCCCUUCAUCUGAGAGUAUUUUUCACAAAGAAAAAAUUGUGUCACUUGGCUGUACCUUGAAGGACCCUUCUGAAACCAUUGAAAAGAGAGCUCAAGCUGCCCAGAGGAUCGGCCUGUUGGCUUUCACAGGAGGACCAAAUGCGGGGAAAUUUGCAGCUGAGUACAUGCCGGAAGUAGCUCACUUGUUGCAAUGUGAGAUGAGCGUCAAGCCAAAGAUCCUGCUGCUCCAGAGUGUGGCAUGUUGGUGUCACUUAAACCCUUUCAGCCAGAAAAAAGCCAAACAGCUGCAAUUUAUCCCCAUUCUCCUCCAUCUUUUAGAAUAUGAUCUUGAUUGUACUAUCAAAAGUGAAAAAAAGAGCAGACUCCUCAUUAAGUUUUGGACUUGCUAUACUCUCUCUGUCAUGACGUGCAAUAAUCUGUCUUAUGUAAGGGAGCUUCGAGACAGCAGUGAACUAAAAUACCAUUUGCAAAUAUUGGCUAUGGAAAAUUGGUCUGGAUGGUCUGAAAAUUUUGCAGAGGUGUUGUAUUUUCUCAUUGGUUUUCACAGGAAUUAGUUUCUAUGAGUCGGGUAUGAGGAUGCAACUGCCUGUGUCCCUAUAUUACUCUGGAAAGGUGAAAUGAAUAAAAUCAACACAUUAUUCUUAA